GUGCCGCUCCUCUCGAUCGCGUUUGCUGUAGUCUUCGGUUGCACAGUGCGUGUUUCUGGGGGAUUGUAAGCACUCCGUCCCGGCGAUGUUUGCGGAACUUGGCGACAAAUGGUUUGAAACGGACUAGGCUAAGGUCUUAUUCUCGGCAGUUUUUUUUUCUCCUGGGAGAUGCAAUGGAGGUGAUGCAAGGAGGAAUCCGUGUGUUUUUGAUAAGGAUUUUAUUGACAUUAACCUCAACAACAGAUGCCAUGUCACAAUGCCGUAAGGACUGGAGUCAGUAUGGCACGCAGUGUUUCUACGUGAAUACCCAGCACCUGAACUACGCCAAUGCCAAGGCGCAUUGCGAGUCCUACGGAGGCGGGUCAACCAUUGCCAGUAUUUCCGACAGUGGUGUCAAUGGCCAUAUACAAUCGCUUAUAUCUGGCGUCUCGAGUUCCACGGCCUACAUAGCUUUCCACGAUAUUGACAGUGAUGGGACGUGGAUCUGGGAAGAUGGCGCUAGCGUCUCUUACACCAAUUGGAACAGUAAUGAACCCAACGGCGACUAUACGAAAAACUGUGCCGGGAUGUACAAAUCCAGCGGACGAUGGGAUGACUUCUCUUGUACGUCCGAAAUCGCGAGCGUCUGUAGAACUAUCAUCCAGUACACCGCCACCACCACCGGUUGUCCGUGCUCGUUUGAUGCCACUCGCAAUGACUGCGCGUGUUGUUAUACUGGGGGUUGUCACUGCGGAGCGGAUUAUCCCGAUCGGUGCGUCGCAUGCGGUGGAGAUUGUACAUCAGAUGAUGCUGAACCACUUGAGGAGUGGACACUUGUCUUCAAGCACAUUCGUUCCUCUGGGAUUAACGUCCGGGAGCUGUGGCAGGGGAGCGGAACCUACAAUGACGGAUCGGACACGGCGCAGAUUGUGACCUCAACAUCUAACCACUACAAAGGCAGUGCUGCCAACAGCUAUGAUACCAACCAAAUUCAGUAUGUCAAGUUUGCGUUCUAUACCUCUGGUGGGUCAGAGGUCAUGUCCAUGACCUUUGACACGGCUAACACCGACAAGAAUUCCUGGUACUCGAUUGACCGUCUGCUCUACGCGCCGUAUUCGGAUAUCUACACAGCCGGAAAAGGUUACUUUUCAAUGGACGGACACUAUGACGCCAGAAGGUGUUUCUUUGUUGAGUCUUAUUACAACGGCUGUGAGGGCGACGCGGGCUGGGUGAUGGUGAAGGACACUGGAUACUCCGGUCCCUGUACGUACGACAACUACUACAGCUACCCGUUCUUCACGUACAAUACCGCGAGCACCUUACAAGCGUUUCAAAGCGGACAUUUUGCAUUCCCAGAAAUCAUGGCGAUAUUGUACAAGUAUUACGACACUUCGACCAAUACGGGUAUCUGUGAUGACAACUGGCAUCUGGGAUACAAUGGCAGAUCGUGUUACCGUGCCGUGGAUUCCACCGUGACGUGGCAGGACGCGUUGGACGCGUGCCGCGGUCUCCGUAGUGACGCGGACCUUGCAAGCAUUGGCACAGCCGAUGAGAAUGCGUUUGUGCUGACUGUGUCACGCCGGACACUAAGCCACAAUGAAUACUGGAUUGGCUUGAAUGAUUUCGCCGUGGAAGGUACUUGGGAGUGGUCCGACGGCACAAAGAGCAGCUACACUAACUGGUAUUCCAGCGAACCAAAUGAUUCCGGCGGACAGGAGCACUGUGCUGUGAUCCGAUGGUCAACCGAUGGAACUUGGAACGACGCAAACUGUGCCAACAGCAAACGCUACAUAUGCGAAUAUCCUCUCAUCGCCAUAUCCUGUGCGGAUUGGAAGCGUCGUGGCUAUUCCAACAGCGGGGACUACACCAUUGACCCGGACGGGCCAGGCUUUGGCAACGAUCCGUUCAAGAUAUACUGCGACAUGACCUCCGAUGGAAACACAGGUAUUACCGUUAUCAACCACAACCAGGAGAUGCGACAAUGGGUCAAAGGUUACGAGGGUGCUCGAUCCUACGUCCGAUCCCUCAGCUACAGUCCCGUCAGCGUCAGUCAAGCUGCUGCACUGGCUGAUGUCUCAGGAGAAUGCUACCAGCAUAUCAAGUUUGAAUGUUACGGUUCCACCAUGAGUACUGGCUACUACACGGCGUGGUACGAUCGCGACGGCAACAUGGAAACCUACUGGGGUGGAGCGCCCUCUAGCACCAGCCUCUGCGCAUGCGGAUAUGAGGGUAACUGUGAUGGGGGUUACUCCCGCUGCAACUGCGAGGUAAAUGACUACACUUGGCGGGUGGACGAGGGUUUGCUGACCGAUAAGGCUGACCUGCCGGUGACCGAGAUCAGGGUAGGGGAUACCGGGAAUGGGGACGAGCAGGCCUAUUACACUAUCGGGCCGAUGUACUGCAAAUCCGAUGAGAGUUUUGUUCUCACUGGAAGAACUGAUUUUGUCCUCACGAUGAACAGCGUCAUCAGUCAGAACAACGAGGAGACAAUUGACGACACAACAAUUGCGGAAUGUGCCAACGAAUGUGUCGCCCGCACAUCUUUUCUUUGUCUCGCCUUCGAAUACAAAUUCGAAACCGCAAAAUGUCACCUUAACACUGUGACGGAUGAAACAAGGACUCUUUCUUAUAGCAGCAAUACGGCUUUCUUCAGACGAACGUUUGACAGACAGGAGAAUCCAAACCGCGAGUCCAAUAGCUGUCCGAGUGGGUGGGCGGAGUAUAACUCCCACUGUUACUACGCGAGCACCAGUAAGAAGACGUGGUACGCUGCCGAGUUGCACUGCGAAACUGAAGGAGGAGGCACCUUGGUAUCUGUGGAUGAUGACGCAGAGCAUGAAUUCCUGACCAAGAUCGGCCGCUGGGCUAAUCCGUCGGAGGAAUAUUUCUGGAUCGGAAUCAACGACAUCGAAAACGAAGGAUCAUGGGUGAAUGUUGACCAAUCAGACGCCACGUACAACCGAUGGAAGUCGGGCGAACCAAACGGUGACCUGAUUGAAAAUGGUGCCUUGAUGUCCGUCUACACCAACUACGACUGGAUCGACGUCGGUGUGCACGGGAGUUACCAGUUCUUCUGUGAGACGGCGAUUGGUGCCAGCGCCAUCGCUGCGCCGACCACCCAUCCCCUCUGCCCCUCCGGUUGGCUCUACGAUGACAGCAGUUGUUACUCCUUCUCCGGUGGUGCCACCAGCUGGGACAACGCCCGCACCUCCUGUGCGUCAUCCAACGCCGACCUGGUGAUCAUCGACUCGGACAGAGAGUGGAACUUCCUGCUCAAUCAGUGGCGAUAUCGCUACUCCACCGAGCGGUUCUGGAUCGGGCUGACUGACUCGGCUAAUGAAGGAGAGUUUCUUUGGAUACACAAGGACAGCUUUUCCUUGAAUGCAUCCACGUGGGAGAGUGGCAGUCCGGACAACGCUGGGUCCAAUGAAGACUGUGUGGAAUUCAGUAAUUACCAGAAGCUCAACGAUGCCGACUGUGGUACCUCCCUGUACUAUAUCUGCGAAGAUCACCUUUAUCCAGUAUCGAGCCCAGAAAACUUAAACGUCGAGGCCAAAAGCACCAGGGCAGUUGAGAUUACAUGGGACGCAACACCUCUGUCUGGUUCCAUGGAUCUAGAUAUCACUGGACACAGGAUCUAUUAUUGGAUAUCAGACCAAAUGAACUCGACCCUCGCCAACGUUUCCCUAGAGGGCGCCAGUGUGCGUCGCUAUGUCCUGACUUCUCUCACGCCCGGCACCAACUACGAGUUCACAAUCGCUGCAUACACCGACCAAGGGGAAGGGCCUAGCGCGGAUCCACCUGUCACGGCUAUGACUCAGUCAGCUGUUAUCAGGACAGAUACCCAGCGUCUGAAGGUCUACGUCGUCCAGAGAGGUCAGCGCCUACGCCAACACUCCAUGUCCGACCUCCAAAUGGCUACCUUCACCCAGUGCACCACCGCCUGCACGGCCGACCAGAACUGCCUGUCCGUCAACUACCACGAGAAGUCCCGCAGCGCCCUCAAGACCUGUGAGCUGAACGCUGAUACCCACACCGACAACGCUGGCGAUAUGGAGAUCGAUAGAGAGUACACGUAUGCUUCUGUUGAAGGGUACUAAAAUAAUCUGAAAACUGUAAAUUGUAGUAACAGUUCUAGGCCUUGGUAUUUAUCAGGAUCAGUUUGCAGGUGAGCCAGUUUGCGAUGAAACUUGCGAGUGCGCUGAAGUGGUCAUCAUGUAGUUUUGAUUGAUAGCACAUGAUUGGAGAAACCUCAGAUAUAUUGGCUUUGAAUCUGCCAGCCAACCCCAGCAAGCUUUUAUUAUUAUUAUUACCCUGGAUUGGACAUUUGGGAGACAUCUCCAUAGACUUGUGCACACAAUUUUCCAAACUUAAAUGUGCCCUAACCCAAUAUUCCCUUGUUUUCUUAUUAGACCACGAGCAACAAAUAUAACCUAAUUGCGACAACAAAAUUGUGCUUUUAAAGGGGGGCUGUGACCUAAUGACCGAUGUCUCCCACCGUUCGAAGAAAUUACAAUACCGUGUCUCCAUAAUGGUAUAUGUAGUCGUACUAUUAUUAUUAUUAUUAUAAAUUAUUAACCAAGGAUUCCUCAAAAGCGCCCUGGGCACUGUAGCUCGCAAGCCUGAAGAAACCUGUGGAGAGAAGACAUUGAGAAAUUAUGGUUUUAGAGGUAGGAGAAAAACCUCAGAAGAAUAUUCUGAGGAAAACCCACGGAAUCAGGUAGGUACUGAAAACCCAAUCCACAUAUUGGCCCAGGCAGGAAUCGAACCCGGGUCACAGCGGUGGAAGGCAAGGAAAGAACUGCUACACCAACCUUACCCAAGUGGUAAGAUGUGUGCACUAGUAUGCAUGAGUCCAUGGGUUCGAAUCCUACCUGAGUGAGUUUAUUAAUAAAAAAAAUCCUCACAUAAGUCUUUGAAACUUAAGGAAUUUUUUUCUCAAUAUUUAUUAAUUGGAGCUGGAAAGAAUUAGCCUUUUAAAUUGAAAUUUUUGUAUUGUGAUUCUAGACAUACUGUGUUAUCUCAGUGACUUCUAGAUUAACGCCUGGAUAGAUCGCCAUCCAUGCCCAAAAUCCAAUGUAAGUGUUAAAAAAAAGGUCUAAUUUUCAUUUGGUUGACAUUAUUUUUAGCCACUUCAUUCCCAGCCACAUUAAGUUAUUGAAAAUUGCUUUUUCAUGUAAAUAUAUAAAUAAAUUGAAGGUUAAAGUUAAUGCUAAAUACGAGUGAUUUGUGCCAAUUUUAUAAAGAUUUGUAUCAAUUUUGGACAACUAAAAGCUUUGAAUAUUUCUCUUUUUUUUGUAGAAAAAGUCUCUCUUUAUUUAACAUGGAUUGACAGAAGACUAACUUAAGGCAACAUGCUUUGUCAGUAAAAGGUUUUUAAUUUUAUUUCUGCUUUAAUUUGAAAAAAAAUGCAUAGUAGGAAACUGAACAGUUAGAGAACCAAUAGUGAAUAGAGAACCAACAGGGAUUACAUAAAAGUUUGUUUGCUUCCAACAUUUUCUAGUAAUUUCAAGUUAUUUUUACGUCGGGUAACCCUGUUAACUUCAGUUGUAUGUAGUGUUUAUCCAGUGUAAAUAUUAGUAAGGUGUAUUAAAUAAUUAAAAUUCUAUAUUAUUUGGCGUUCGUAGUAAGCAAUAAAUUGGGAAUUAAGCAGUUCCAAAAUUGAAAAACAA